CAGUGCGCUGGAUCAGACGGGAACACCGGGACAGACACUGCGGAGAACUCGGCCAACCAAGUUCCUGGACCUUAUGCAACGUUUACAAUUGUGGACUUUUCCUAUUUCGCACUUUUAUUUAUUUUUUCGCUUUGGCAUAUAGAAAUAGUAACAAUUUGCGCAUUUGUAGGUGAAUACUGCUCUUACUUUGGUAUGGAGGUAUUGCAGACGCAAGAUGAGUUCUGAUACAGUUCAUGCCGUGAACUUCUUGAGUAAUGCUUCCUCCGAACUGUCCGACGCCUCCAAUUCGAGCUCCGCGGGCAACGGGACCGAACCGAGCUCGUUCAGCCUCAGCCGUGCGAUUCCACUGGGCAUGGUUCUGGGCGCUUUUAUUGUGUUUGCUAUCGUGGGCAACAUUCUCGUUAUUCUCUCCGUAGUGUGCAACAGGCACCUGCGCAUCCCAACUAACUACUUCAUCAUCAAUUUAGCCAUUGCAGACCUGUUGCUGAGCACAACUGUCCUGCCGGUGUCCGCCACGCGUGAAAUUCUCAACUACUGGGUGUUCGGGAGGAUUUUCUGUGACAUCUGGGCUGCGGUGGAUGUGCUGUGCUGCACCGCGUCCAUCAUGAGUCUGUGCGUGAUCUCCAUUGACCGCUACAUCGGGGUGCGUUACCCGCUGCAGUACCCGAGCAUUGUGACCGAGAAAAGGGCGCUCUUGGCCAUGCUGGGUGUUUGGAUUCUUGCCUUUGUCAUUUCCAUAGGACCUCUGCUCGGGUGGAAAGAGCCUCCUUCGGAGGAUGAGACUGUGUGCCUCAUCACGGAGGAGCCGUUUUACGCGCUCUUCUCCUCGCUGGGCUCCUUCUAUAUCCCUUUAGCGGUGAUUCUGGCCAUGUAUUGCCGCGUGUAUAUAGUUGCCAAAAGAACCACGAAAAACCUCGAGGCUGGAGUGAUGAAGGAGCGCAUGGACUCCAAUGAGCUGACGCUUCGGAUUCAUUAUAAAGGCUCUCAGACGCAGGAUGACUGCAGCAAAGGCCACAUGAGGAGCUCGCUGACAGUCAAAUUGCUCAAGUUUUCUAGAGAAAAGAAAGCUGCUAAAACGCUUGGUGUUGUUGUGGGCAUGUUUAUCCUGUGCUGGUUACCAUUUUUCCUCGCACUACCCAUCGGGUCGUUUAACACCAGUUUACGUCCUCCUGAAACAUUCUUCAAAGUGAUCUUCUGGCUGGGUUACUUCAACAGCUGCCUGAACCCCAUUAUUUACCCCUGUUACAGCCGUGAGUUCAAGCAGGCCUUCAUUCGGAUCUUACGGUGCCAGUGUCAGCAGAGGAAACAACAGGGCUGGAGGGCGUACAACUACCGCGUCCAGACAGCCUCGGCCAACCAGGUCUACACAGACACUAGCUCCAUUUGCAUGAACAGCAGUCAGCAGACCCUGGCCCCAGUGCAACCCAGCCCAACGUUAUUCAGCAGAGUUGUGGACUCUGGGUCGGUAUUGGGUCUUGUUUGACAUCAGGGCUUGUUCCAGUGUGGUUCCUCUUCCUCUCUAUCUGGGAGCCCUUUUCCUGGUAUGAUGAGAUCCAGUUCUAGGGCGAUGAGUCCCUGCAAAUCUAACAGGAUGGCCUUGCUUUUCUCCAGUGGGCCCCAACAUACCGAUGGACAGAACGGGAAGCUAGAGGCAGAGCAUGGGCAGAUAUCUAGACACACACCUGAGACUACAAUCUAGCUUGGUGUCAAUAGACUUUCAUGCUCGUGAUUUUUUCUGUCUUUCAGUUCUUUCUGGAUGGAUCUGAUUCAUUAUUAUAGGCGUGAAAUACAUUGGGCGUCUUGUCAUGCAUGUCAGCAUUGUUUCAUUUGAGAGUUGCAGUUGCUAUGUAAGAGAUAAUGUACAGUCAGCCGGUAAUGAUCACAAAAUAAAACCCGACCAGGUGAUAAGGAUGCAGAAACGAAUAAGUAAAUAAAUAAAUGGACAUGAAAUAUUGAUUUGAGUUUAUAUUAUUUUAUCUGCAUAUUGUCUUAAAGCUUCAGCUAAGAAAAAAAAUAGUCCAUUGCAAUAUAUAUAGUAUAUAGUAAUAUUAGUAACAUUAAAGUUCUCUGAGUUCUCUGAGUCUAAGAUGCAUGAUGGAGGCAGUUGCGUAUUUGUAAAACGAGAGAGAACGAGUCUGGGACAUGAAAAUAGUGCCAGUUUCAUGUUAAGAAGUUUGACUGCGUUGUCAUGCAUGACGGUGAAUAAGUGCAACUGUUCCCACCGACCAUUUUCUAUCUGCCUUGGUUCUGGAAGUAUUUUAUUUCUAUUUUCCCAUAGAGAUUUUUUUUAAAUUAUAAUCACUAAACCAAACAAACCAGCGAUUCAAUUUAAAACAAAAAUCUGUUUGAAAAUUGUACAAGAAAAAACAGUCUCAUGAAGUAUUGGGAAUGGCAUAAAUUAAAAACCAUGGAGAUUAUUAUUUAAAAAUGUUGAUUAUGAAUAAACAAACAAUAUGUUAUGUUUAUUACAUUGCAUAUUGUUUGAGAGACUGAAUUUACAGUGCUUCAUGGGAGUGGGUGGGAGUUAAGAGUUAUUUUGAUAUGAUUUGUUUGUCGCAGUUUUUGAUUGGUGGAAAUUUCUUUGCAAAAUCAUGUGUAAUGUAGUUUUUCCAUCAGGAAUUUUAAUGUAAGACAUGAUUAUUUAAAAAAUAAGUUGAAAUCAUGUGGGCUGAUGGCUUCUGCAUAAGCGUAUUCCAUCGAUUGACAACCUCAUAGUUCACAGUAGGAUUGUCUUUAAAGGUUUAAAAGUUAGAGUUAAAAAUCGAUUCCCCUAUGGAGAAAAUGAAAUGGGAUUUUUACAUCUGGAACCCAACUGUUGCACUCUAAUACUAUAUAGCAGUGUUUAAUAGAUUUAACUAGUUUACUUUUCUUAAUUUAAUGAAUAUAAAAAAUAACUUUGCCAGAUUUAACUUGUUAAUUAUUGCGGAAAUGCAUCAUCACAGUCUGUGAAAAAUCUCUGUGCAUUAGAGAGACAGAAGGGUUGGAAAUCUGAAAAACCAAAAUCACUACUUUUUCACAUUUUAACAUCAGUAUCAGUAUUAUUGUGUACAUGUGUUUGUUUUGAAGAU